AUGUCGCAAGGUGCCAACGGGUACCAGCUCUUCAACCCUCGGGCUUACCUGCAGAACAACUACACUCCUCCCAGGGCCGACUUUGAGAGAGAGGACAGUGUGGUCCCAUGGAAACUCCGCUGCCUUGCAGCUUCCUUCUCCACAGGGGAGAUCCGAGGUCAGACCCUGCUGGACAUCGGCUCUGGACCCACACUCUACCAGGUCAUCAGUGCCUGUGACUUCUUCACCACAAUCAUCAUGUCUGACUACCUGGAGGGGAACCGGGAGGAGCUGUGCAAGUGGCUGCGGGCAGAACCAGGAGCCUUUGACUGGAGUCCCUACAUCAAGUAUGUGUGCAGCCUUGAGGGCAAGAGUGACCAGUGGCAGGUGAAAGAGCAGAGAAUGCGAGAGACGAUUAAAGAUGUCUGUCACUGUGACAUCAUGCAGCCCAACCCUAUGCACCCACGGGUGCUGGAGCCGGUCGAUGCCAUCAGCACCACCUUCUGCCUCGAGUCAGUGUGCCCAGAUAAGGAAUCGCUGGAGCAUGCUCUGAGCAACGUCACGUCACUGCUGAGAGCUGGUGGCUUCCUCCUGAUGAUUGGGGCCUUGGGUGAGUCCUAUUACCUGGCUGGGGAGGUGAAGCUCAGCGUGGUACCCGUGGAUGAAGAUUAUGUGAAGGAGGCAGUGAGCAAGUCCGGCUACAGAAUUUGUGUCUUUAAAACAUACACCAUGCCGCCUGAACUCAAAAUCGGGGUCGAUGAUGUGACUGGAGUCUUUUAUCUCCAAGCACAGAAGAUCUGA